CCUUGCCUUGCCCGGCUCUGUUCUCUUCUUCUCUGUACCCCUCUCCAACUUUGUUUUUUAUUUGUAGGUUUUCUUUAUGUUUGGUUUCUUCUUAGUCUCCCAUUUCUCUUUUAGAUCUAAAUUUCUCAGAGCUUUUUUGGAGGGUUAGGAGGUGUGGAUUCAUGUAUACUUCCCAGUUUCGGUGAAUCAGCGUUUCCCACCUGUGUUUUUAAUACCGCCAUUUUCUAACUCAAUCAUCGUAUGAUUGAGUCAGCGCUUGAGUUUUAAUCACUCACCGAGAAUUGUAUUUCUUAUUUUUACAAGUGAUUGUUUCUUCUGAAUCUUCUUUUGGUUGCAAUUACUAAUAGAUUUUUAUAGAUUUAGGGUUUAUUUGAAACUCAUACUUUUGAUAAGAAAACAAAAAUAAUAAUAAGGAAAGAAAGACAGUAUGUAUAGGGGGGGAAAUAGUCUCUUCAUUUUUAGCUUAUCUUACUCGUAAACUAGGCCAGAAUUUACUGGAUAAUCUUCUUCAAGAAUGGAUAAGAAAAAGGUCGCUGUUCCGCUUGUUUGCCACGGCCAUUCCCGGCCUGUAGUCGAUCUCUUUUACAGUCCUGUUACGCCCGAUGGAUUCUUCCUUAUCAGUGCAAGCAAGGAUUCUAGUCCUAUGCUCAGAAAUGGAGAGACCGGAGAUUGGAUUGGAACAUUUGAAGGGCACAAAGGUGCGGUAUGGAGUUGCUGCUUGGAUACAAAUGCUUUACGGGCUGCAACUGCCUCUGCUGAUUUCUCAUCUAAAGUUUGGGAUGCAUUAACAGGAGAUGAAUUACACUCAUUUGAACACAAGCACAUUGUUCGUGCGUGUGCCUUUUCUGAGGAUACGCACCUUUUGCUCACUGGGGGUGUAGAGAAAAUUCUCCGAAUCUAUGACUUGAAUCGUCCUGAUGCACCACCCAGAGAAGUUGAUAAAUCCCCUGGUUCAGUCAGAACUGUUACGUGGCUUCAUAGUGACCAGACAAUAUUAAGUUCUUGUACUGAUAUGGGAGGUGUCAGGUUAUGGGAUAUAAGAAGCGGUCAGAUAGUCCAGACACUUGAGACUAAGUCAUCUGUGACCAGUGCUGAAGUUAGUCAGGAUGGUCGUUACAUCGUAACGGCAGAUGGUUCUACCGUUAAAUUUUGGGAUGCGAAUUACUAUGGGUUGGUGAAGAGUUACGAUAUGCCUUGCACCGUUGAAUCAGCGUCGUUGGAACCUAAGUGUGGGAAUAAAUUUGUUGCUGGGGGAGAAGAUAUGUGGGUUCGUGUUUUUGAUUUCCAUACUGGCCAUGAGAUUGCGUGCAACAAGGGUCACCAUGGUCCUGUGCAUUGUGUACGUUUCUCUCCUGGGGGAGAAUCAUAUGCUUCAGGAUCUGAGGAUGGAACCAUCAGAAUAUGGCAAACUGGUCCUUUGACCUUUGAUGAGUCGGAAUCUAUAUCUGCAAAUGGAUCACUUGCAAAGGUGAAGGUUAAUGCAGACGAAGUUUCACGCAAGAUUGAGGGUUUCCAUGUUGCAGAUGAGGGGAAAUCCAAAGAAAAGGAAGAGGCAGGGGAAGAAUAACGAUCCUAAUAAGUGUGGUCGUUUGGAUCAGCGGGGUUAUCAUGCCAUAGACAAGUACCUACUUAGACAGAGGUUUCGGAACCUAAAUUUUGUAAAUUCUUGUUUACAUUGGUCAUUAAAUGAAUCAAGCGACCUUGUUCCAUCCAGUUUGUACUUUGUAAUAUGUUUGAUGUUUAUUUACUUCAACUUUUUUAACGGGGGUUUUGCGGCGUAAGGGAAUAACCUAGGUUUUCUUCGGCAUGUUUGUUAUAACCACCAAUGAAAGAGUGUUUCUUUUGAAGUAAUGAGAUUGAGGAUGAAGAUGGGAAUAAGAUUA